AUGAUCACAGAUUUGGGGGUUAAGGAUAAUAUCAACAAACAAGCUAUGGAUACCAUGCGAGAAGGAAAAGAUCAACAAAUGAUUGAAAGGAUCAAAAGGCUGGAUACUGAAGAAGACCAAGACAGACUUUUCAAUCCAAUGUUGAGGCUUAAAGGUGAACUUCUCAAUCAGAUUAAUUGA